AUUUUACUUAGUGGAGAACUUGUUUACAAAUUUGUUCAACCUGCUUCCGUUGUGUGACAUUCAUUGUCCGCCUUAAUUGUGUUAAAAUUCCCCCAGGGGAAUUGUUUGAUGAUUGACUGGUCAACACCUUGUCAACGACACAGGAAAAGAGUGAAUAAACCUCUUAUCGUUACCUGUAGUAGGUGCAUUGCGAUGAAGGGAUACGAAUCCUUGACUGCACAGCCGGCUUGGAUUUGGCAAUCUCUUUGUAUGGACUCAUAUAAUGGGAAGCAGGUUUAGUGCGAGGAAAAAAAAAAUAGUAACAACGGGCGAACAUUGAGAAGUGUGAAGUCAAGUGCCUGAAAUAUAUACAACCGCCAAAUUGGCGCACGAUCUUUUCCGUACCACGCUCUGUGCUCCAGGCAACAUCUUUAUUCACUCCGCAUAGUUCACAUUUUUACGUGGAAGGAUUACGCGGUGUUUUGUCGGUCGUAUCGGCGUCAUUAUUCAUUUUGCUAUUUAAUCACCGAGCGUUCGAAAUUUAGCCCCACUUAGCUGGCGAGCGUCAUGGCGCGAAUGCUACUGUGGCUGGUAUCGCUACUCACAUUUUGCAAGGCCUCGGACGUUAUGAAAUUUCAAGUUUUCGAAGAACUAGAAGCUGACACUUUUGUAGGAGACAUUUCAGAGAGUUCCAUAGUCAAAGCAAUGGCCACAAAUGACAAUAUUAAGGGAGAGCUUCGAUACGAGUUCCAAGGAUCACUGCAAACGUCUUUUGGUAUCGACGAAAGCACUGGUGUUAUACGGACUGCCGCGAAGAUAGACCGUGAAAACGUGUCCCUUGGACUUGUUCGCGACACAUUUCAAAUCUUAGUUCAAGUCUCGAAAGGAGUUAUGAAAGCGGCUAUACCGACGGAGAUCAAGAUUCUAGACAUAAAUGAUAACAGUCCCAUUUUUAAGGAGGAUAUUGAGAAUAUUUCUGUUAAAGAAUCUGCGCUAGGUGCAGAGUUGCCAAUAACGGUGGCGGAAGAUUCGGACAUUGGUAACAAUUCUGUUCAAAGUUACGAGAUUGUUGACAGGAAUGACGGUGGGGUGUUUGACUUAAAAGUAUCGCGCCCUACUUCGGAAAUAUUUCAAGUCAAACUUGUCGUGUCGAAAAGGCUGGACCGCGAAAUAAACGACAGCUACUAUUUGGUGAUCGAGGCGAGAGAUGGGGGUAGCCCACCAAGGGUUGGACGCAAAGGUUUGAGUAUCACAGUUCUAGAUUCGAACGAUCACUUUCCCAAAUUCAGCAAAGAUCGCUAUGUCGGCGAGGUUAGAGAGAAUUCUCGUGUAGGAACGUUUGUGCUGAAUGUUACUGCGACAGAUAAAGACAUUGGUACAAACGGUGAAGUGGUCUACUCUCUCCAAGUUCCGCCUCGAUAUAAAGAUCUUUUCACGCUGGACGCGCGAACGGGCGAACUUCGUACAAACGUGCAUUGCGAUGAAGGGAUACGAAUCCUUGACUGCACAGCCGGCUUGGAUUUGGCAAUCUCUUUGUAUGGACUCAUAUAA